CUGGGGUUCGUUCGACGCACGUGUGUCAGUUUCCAGAUAGACAACACAGUACUUUUUUGAUGGAGAAACAAUGUCGGACGUGACACUAGAGAUACCAAGCAAAAUGAAGUCGGUUUUGAUAGCCAACUUCACAAAUGGCCAUGUUAAUAAAAAGAGAUGUGAUGAUCUUUCUGUAGGACACUUUGAGUCCUCACAGAGACGUUUCGGCACCCAAAAGAGAAAACAAAUAUUGGUAGCAGAAACGGAACAAAUGUCAUAUGUUGGUCAGAACUUUGGAGUGUCUGCGGAUAGGUCACAAAAUUUCUGCAAGUACUACGUUGGACUGAGAGACAAAAGCACUGGAAAAAUGACAAUCUGUGAUGCUGAGAUCUUCAAUAUGUUACCAAAACUACCAGGUGAUGAACAAGAAGAAGAGAAGAAGGAUGACUUAUCUCUGAGCUUUCGAGAGAAGAAUGACUUCCUUACGGAGGCUUUUGGAAGUAAGAAGAAACAGAAGGCCAUGGAAAAUCGUUUGAGGAACAAAUCUGCGGCUAAGUCGAUGGAGACCAUCAUGGACUCUGCAGCUAAACAGGCACUUUCACAGCAAUCACAAGUAGCAAGGCCCCAAGUUGAAGAUCAGACAGAUGGCAUCCCACCAUGUAACAAGGAAGCUACAUCCCCACGUGAGGUCUACAGACUGCACGACAUUAUCAGUCCAAGUGAGAUGGAGGCCCUCAAUGCUCCUGCCCGUUUAUUCUUUGACUCAACUUAUGACCAAGUCAGACAGUGGAAGGAACAGCAAACAUAUCCAGCGUAUAUCACAAAUCACCUGAUGACCAUGCCCUUGUCUGAGGCGGAACGAUGGAAAAGGUCGAAAUGUCUUAUGUAUCUUCAUUACCUGAUCACACUCAACAACCUUAAUACACGCACGAUAGGACUUAAAGUUCCUUUACCUGUUGAAUGGCCUGGGGUUGUGAUUGAACAGUUACUAAAGAGGUUCACAAUGAAGAUAGACUCUGGUGGGCGGAUAAGAAGGUGUCGACCAGCUCGACUGAAAGACAAAAAUAUAUCCUACAUUCUGGUGUUGUGUCUGAUGAUAGAUGAAUAUGAAUUAGAGCUGACGGUACUGAUGAAGGAUUUAAAACUCUCUCUGGAAAGGAUACAGAACCAUUUUCGAGCCCUGGGCUGUACACUGACAUCCAGAAAGGUUAAGACAGACAUGGGACCGUCACUGUCCGUCACCUCUGCUAUACUUAACCUGCCCCUCACCUUUCCAGAUCCUUCAGCCAGAUCAAAGAAGAGAGGACGAUAAUGUAAAACUAAUAAUAUUAAACAUUCUUUAAAAACUA